CAGUGAAUAGUUAGCAUUAGAAGGCAUAAUGGCUCCCCAGCAUUCGUUCUUUUAUUGUCUGCUAAUGAUCACAAAACACGUGAAGCAGCAUAAACGAAGAAAAUACAUCAAAUUUCUUUAUUAAUCACCUCAUUAAGCACUUUAAAAUAUCGCAAAAAUGGGAGAUGAAGUCAAUCCUAAGGCCUACCCACUUGCUGAUCCACAGUUAACUGUAACUAUUUUGGAUUUGGUACAACAAGCCGCAAACUACAAACAGUUAUUGAAAGGAGCUAAUGAGGCCACAAAAGCUUUGAAUCGUGGUAUUGCGGAGUUUAUUGUGAUGGCUGCGGAUGCUGAUCCUUUGGAGAUAUUGCUUCACUUACCUCUUCUCUGUGAAGAUAAGAAUGUUCCAUACGUUUUUGUGCUUUCCAAGCAAGCUUUGGGACGUGCUACAGGCGUGUCUCGGCCUGUCAUUGCUUGUGCUGUGACGAUAAACGAAGGAUCGCAGCUAAAAAGUCAAAUUCAAUCUUUACAGCAAGCCAUCGAGAAACUUUUGAUUUGAGCAUUUUGUAUGUUGUUUUUUAUGCUUGUAGAUAUCGGAAAAAAAAAUAUCUUCAUAAAAAAACUUCUGUUUCAAA